AUGCAAAGUCUUACACGAAAUCAGGUCACUGAGACCUAUUUAACGUCUGGAUCUUCUCUAUUCUCUGUCUGCCUUUUUGCCUUUCUUAAACGCAAGCAUUUGAGGUCGCGAAAGGUAUCUCUGGUAUGGUUCAUGAUGGUAUGGGGCCUGUUAGAGAUAGUGGCCUUGAUCCUCUUUUCUAUCGAGCAUAGCCGGCCUGGAAACUUUCCCAAGUUUCUUGCGGGAGCUAUCCCUACCAUCCUGGAUACCAUAUCCUUCUGGGGCGCCGCCAUAGUCCAGAUCAUUGCAAUUAUCUAUCCAUUUGCAGCUGGUAUCGGGAAAGGAUCGUGGCUGAAAUGGCUUAUCAUACUCGAAUGCUUGGAAAUAACAGGCAUUACUAUCCUUGCCAUGGUUUCGAGAACUCCUCCUCCCCUCCAGCUUGACAACGUUGCGCCAUUCACUUCCCAAGCUGCCGCCAUUGGAUCCAUACUUCUCGCUUCCCGAAAGUUGCUAUCCAAGGGGGGUCCGAAACAAACCGCAGAUUUUCUAUUGGGCCUGACCUUGCUUCUUAUGCUGGUCUCAGCAUUACUACUUGGGCUCUCGCUUGCUGGAUACUACACAGCGUCGAAGUUCCUGCAGUGGUUCCUUUACAUCAUGAGCUCGGCCCUGGGUUAUCGACUUGCGGAGACCGAAUACGGGAAAUCUCGUCGAACGGGUGGAAACUCGGAUCUCGAGAUGAAUCCAAGUCGCCAACCAGGCCUCAACGACUCUGUCUAUGACAACCAAUCUUCAGCAAGCCUGAAUGAGGAUCAAGCACUUCUCCCUGGCCCAGCCCUGCCGCAACCCGCGGUCAUAGCCUCGAGCAACAGACGACACUUAUCUGGCAGCGGGUGA